CGCAAUCCUGGUUUGGUCACGAUAGACCAUGUUUUGCAGGGUUAAUACCGAUCUGCUAUGAUAUGUACCUGCACGAAUCGCCACCCAUCUACUCUCGGUUGGCACAACUAUGUUCGCACGACCAUAUGUCUCAUCGAUCUGUAACCGACCUGCAGCGGUUCGGAUCCUGAGACAACCUCAAAGCCACUAUCUCCAUGCGUCACCGCCAUUAAGUCUCCCACGACGAAAGGAUUUCUUCUCCUCCAAUGCAUUUUUGGCCCAGAAGCACGGCGACACCGCCGAAGGCUCGGAAGAGUCUCAGAAACAGCGGAGAAGAGGCACAAGAUCACCAGCUGCACCGACAUCGCUGCGCAGGGUGGCGGUAGAAGCACAGAGGUCGAGGGACAGUUUUAAGUCCAAGGCUCAACUUAGGGAGGCUGGGCUGUUGCAGACAAAGUUUAACAUUCGCAAAGCGAGAGAGAUUCUGCAGGAAAAAGGUUACGAGCCCGACCCCCUUGGAACCGGUCUAUACCCUCAGGUUGUUCACGUCCAAAUUCCGCUUGAUUCUAUUCGCCGAGUAAGCAAUCCUAGCGCGGAGGGUCUUUCUCCGGAAGAAAUUGGCGAUAUAUUCGUUUUCCCUUCUGGUACGGUCGUGUCAUGGGCGCUUCCAGAAGGGUUUACAUCAUUCUUAGCGACUAGGACGUUACUCCCUGCGGCAGAGGGAGCGCAUGUUGAUAGCCUGGAGACUGAAGAUCUUGAGUAUGUUGAGGAUGCUCAGCGUGAUAACAGUAGCAUUCAUGGAGACACCAUCGUCUUGGGAACCAAACCCAGUGAUGCCGCGCUGGCGCCACAAUCUUCAGGUCAUCAGUCUGUGGAUACUGUUCUAACCAAGGUCGCCUUCUCUUCUGGGCUCGCUCGCAGCACAAAACUGGCGGUUUUAGAAACAUUGCUGUCCAACUACUUCGAGUCGACGCGAACUAUCCCAACACUCAUGUCGCAAGGAUCUCGCUUACCCUAUACUCGAGACUUCAUUCUCCGAAAGACUGGACAGCUACUGAGCGUCCGCGCCCAAUUGAACCUCUACUCGGAGUUGACCGACUCACUCCCCGACAUCUUCUGGGACAGUCGACAUGAGCUUGGGCUGGAAGGAUAUUACGAGCAGGUUGGUAGGGCAUUGGAUGUGGGAAUUCGCAUCAAGCUACUGAAUGAGAAAAUGGACUAUGCGCAAGAGAUUGCCAGUGUUCUCCGAGAGAGGCUGAGUGAGACCCAUGGACUGCGUUUGGAAUGGAUCAUCAUUCUUCUAAUCGCCGUCGAGGUUGGGUUUGAGGUUUUGAGGUUGUGGAAGGAGCGAGCCCAUGAACAAGCCUCCGCAGCUGAACAGGUCCAGAAGGCUUAA